AUGAAGAUGAUUUUAGUCCGAAAAUUCAGGGUGCUGAUCCUGAUGGUGUUUCUGAUCGCUUGCACGAUGCAUAUCAUGAUCGAUCUGUUACCAAAGCUGGAGAAGCGAGCUGCGAGGACCGAGGGCCAGACGGGCUGCUCGUGUUCUCACCCCCCUGGCGAGGAGGCUCAGGGCUGGGGGAAGCAGCGGACUAAGGGCGGCUCGGAUCCGGGCUGGCCUAACAAGCACACGCUGCGGAUCCUGCAGGAUUUCAGCAGCGAUCCCAGCUCCAACCUCACCUCCCACUCGCUGGAGAAGACCUCGGAGAAAGCCGAAGCUUUUAAGAGGCUGGAACAAAAUGGCAUAAGCCGGGAUCUGGGGCAUAAGCCGCUCAUCCAAGAUGGGAGUAUAAACGCCCAGCCCGUGGGAAUGGGGUACUCCAAACUCGCGGCUCUCUUCGAGCAGCCCCUCUACAAAAUCGCCACCCCGGAGCUGGCCGAGGAGGAUGUCUUGUUUAACGUCAAUAGCGACAUCCGAUUUAACCCGAAAGCGGCCGAGAACCAGGACUGGCAAAAUGAAGGUAAUGAAGAUGAAGAAUUUUUACCCACCUCAGAAACAUCUGUAGAUUCCUACCCAAACUGGUUAAAAUUCCACAUUGGUAUUAAUCGAUAUGAGUUGUAUUCCAGACACAAUCCUGCAAUUGAGGCUUUGCUACAAGACCUGGUCUCCCAGAAGAUAACCAGUGUUGCAAUGAAAUCAGGAGGCACCCAACUAAAACUGAUCAUGACAUUCCAAAAUUAUGGACAAGCAUUGUUUAAACCAAUGAAGCAAACCAGGGAACAGGAAACCCCGCCUGACUUCUUUUAUUUCUCAGACUAUGAAAGGCAUAAUGCUGAAAUAGCAGCAUUUCAUUUGGACAGGAUCCUAGAUUUUCGUCGUGUUCCACCUGUUGCAGGUAGAUUGGUUAAUAUGACCAGAGAAAUUAGGGAUGUUACUCGUGACAAGAAACUGUGGAGGACAUUUUUCAUUUCACCAGCAAACAACAUCUGUUUCUAUGGCGAGUGCUCAUACUACUGCUCAACCGAGCAUGCUCUUUGUGGAAAACCAGAUCAGAUCGAAGGUUCUCUCGCUGCUUUCCUACCUGACCUGUCUUUAGCUAAAAGGAAAACCUGGAGAAAUCCAUGGCGGCGCUCCUACCAUAAACGCAAGAAAGCAGAAUGGGAAGUUGAUCCGGAUUAUUGUGAAGAAGUUAAACAAACACCACCCUAUGACAGUGGGACCAGAAUUUUGGAUAUAAUGGAUAUGACAAUUUUUGAUUUUCUAAUGGGAAACAUGGAUCGACAUCACUAUGAAACCUUUGAAAAGUUUGGAAAUGAAACAUUUAUUAUCCACUUAGAUAAUGGACGAGGGUUUGGAAAAUAUUCCCAUGAUGAACUCUCCAUAUUGGUGCCUUUAAACCAGUGCUGCAGAAUAAGGAAGUCUACCUAUCUGCGAUUACAGUUAUUAGCCAAGGAGGAAUACAAACUAAGUCACUUGAUGGAGGAAUCUCUACUAAAAGAUAAAGUUGCACCCAUCCUUUACCAGCUACACCUAGAGGCAAUGGACAGGAGGCUACGGAUUGUUCUCAAAGCUGUUAGUGACUGUAUAGAAAAAGAUGGUUAUGUUAAUGUGGUUGAAAAUGACUUUGACACUGAUGUUAACACUAUUACAACCAAGAGGUAG